GUCUAUUUCAAGCACAAUAUAAAUAUAGAGGAACUUUCUUUUGUUGGUGACAUUUGGAACCAUGGAGCUUUUGUGCCUGUUCGUUUUUAUGUUGUUUUCGACGGUUUCAGGGAAUAAUGGAACCAUAGAUGUCAUCGAUCUCACCGACCUCGUAAACUGCAACGAUUCAUCAAGUAUUCUGACAGUGAACCAGAAGUGUUUUGAUGUGUACGGUGUACCCCUCAAAAUGCCAGCCGCGAGCAUGCUUAGCAACCUGUCCCAUUCACCAACUGAAUUACUGAAAAACCUGAUGAGCACGUUUGACCCCACUUCAGCAGCUAAAGUUUGUAGUGAUAUUGACAGUUAUGUGAAAGCGAGCGUGUGUAGCAGUCGGGUAUCCAGAAAGUGUUCACUGGAUGUACCCUUCUUGAAGGAUAUGUUUCCAUCGGCAGACAAAAUACGGAAGACAGAAGAGUAUUCUUGCGCAAACGUGGGCAAGGUCAACCAAACCUGCCUGAAUGAAGUUUUGCCGAAAAUCGUUGAUUGUGCCAACAUCACCGGCGCCAUCAGCAUCAGCGAUCCACUCAGUAUCAACAUAACCGAUUUAAUGCAGAGGACGUUAUGUGCGUCAACACAGUUGAUGAUGGUAUGUGGCCGAAGAUUCAUGCCUGCUUGUGGUCAACUCAGCCUGCAGAUGUUCGAAGCAUCACAGCCAGACACAAGCAGCUGCACUUCGAUCUCUACACAUGUCAACACUACCGGUGUAGAUGUAGUCCAGGUGGACUGUUCAAGCGAUCAAACCAUCCGAAAGGGCUACCUUCAAUGCUUAAUGAACAACGGGAUAACGCUCCUUGUCCCGGAACAACCAUCCAGUGAUGCCACAAGUCAAUAUAUCUUGAACGCAAUGACAUUGGACGAAAACAAGAAGCUGUGCAGUAAUCUGAAGAACUACCAGCUGGCAGUGAACUGUACUCUGUGGGUACAGAAGCAGUGCAGUGACCACGUGAUGAAGCCCACGGUGGCCGACUCCCAGACAGUGCAGGACGGCUUGGCUAAACUCUGCGGCCACAUUGGGGAUUUCGACACCAAGUGUGUUCAAAAUGCACCUAAAGCAGCGUGCGGCAGUAAACGACGCUCUUUGGCUUCAAUUAUCCUGAGACAUCUGUGCGAUGACACUAAUGCCACCCAGAAGUGUCUGGUGUCUGCAGUGAGCGGCUGCAGCAAGACGACCGUCAGCAUGUACAAAGAUGUCCUGCUCAGCCAAUCCCCGUCUAUGUGUCUGAAGACAAAGAUUGGAUCAACGUCGGCGCUGAUUGGCUGACAAAAAUCCUACAUGACAGUAUAAAUACGCGAUUGUACUGCAGUUAACCAAUGAUUCAACCAUCAUAUAUGAAUAUAUGGAUAUAUAAAUAACAUGCGCAAACA